AUGUCUCCAGCUCACAAUGAAAGCCGUCACCCAGAUCAAAACGGCGUCGACUACGAAAACACAAUCUACGAGCGCGGCCUCGACUACCAACGUCCUCCACUAACCUUCCAGCCCGACAAAUGGGAAGAACUCGCCUGUGCUCGUCUCUCGGCUGAUUCCAAAGGCUACGUCUACGGCUCAGCAGGGACGCGAGAAACACGGGAUAAAAACAGAGCUGCAUUUAGAAGAUGGUCAAUGGUACCACGGCGUCUGGUAAAAUACAAUGGCUUGCCCGACCUUCGCACUACCAUCUUUGGUGAAGAGCUAUCCGCACCCUUUGCCAUGGCCCCUGUUGGCGUCCUCAAAAUCUUCAACGCAGAUGGCGAAACGGCGGCUGCAAGAGCAGCAGCUAAGCAAGGGGUGCCGUAUAUACUCAGCACGGCAAGUAGCACUAGCAUCGAGGAUGUGGCGGCUGCAAAUGGCGACGGAGGUCAACGAUGGUAUCAGCUCUACUGGCCAUCCCGCUCCCACGACGACAUCACAAUUUCUCUGCUGGAUCGCGCUCAAAAAGCAGGCUACACCGUGCUGUUUGUAACACUGGAUACAUACAUGCUUGGCUGGCGCCCAGAAGACAUGGACAACGGGUACAAUCCUUUUCUGCGUGCGGACCGCACGGGCGUCGAACUCGGUCUCACAGAUCCAGUAUUCCGGCGCGCAUUCCAAGAGCGCCAUGGUGUUGAGGUCGAGGGUAAAAUGACGGAUGCCGCAAAAGAGUGGAUGAAGAUUGUGUUCCCUGGCGAGAGCCAUACGUGGGACGACGUGCAGUUUUUGAAACACCAUUGGCGUGGGCCUAUCGUCUUGAAGGGCAUCCAAAGUAUUGCUGAUGCGAAGAAGGCUGUCGAUGUGGGUGCUGAUGGUAUUGUGGUGAGUAAUCAUGGCGGGAGACAGGUUGAUGGCGGAAAUUCAUCGCUGGGUGUCCUGCCGCAUGUGGUUGAUGCCGUGCGUGAGUACAUGGCAUCUACGGAUACCACCAAAGACUUUAAAAUCCUGUUUGACAGUGGGAUCCAGUCUGGCGCUGAUAUCGCAAAAGCACUUGCUCUAGGCGCGGAUUGCGUACUUAUCGGUCGCCCGUAUGUCUACGGUCUUGCUCUCGGAGGGGAACAGGGCGUCGGACACGUAUUGAAGAGUUUGGUUGGCGAGUUGCAGUUGACGUUGCAUUUGAAUGGGAUUGAGAGUGUAGAGAAGGACAAAUUGGGUAGAGCGUGUUUGGUCAGGGAGGACGAGCUUUUUGAGGGAGUCAAGGGGGUGGGGUUAUGUUGA